AUGGGGAAGGACCCUCAGCUUCCGCAUGCGCACUCCGGUUCGGCCCACACCGAACUCCCGUCCCUGCCGCCUCCCGCGCACGCGUGGGGCCGAACCAAGUCGUUCCAGCAGCAGGACUCGGGGGGUGCGGGGAGCUCGGGCAGCGGCGGGGGAUUUCGAUCAUGGUACAACACAAAGGGCGGGCUGCCCUUGCAGGUAGGCUCGCAUGACGACGACGCGGACAAGGCAGCUGGCGGCCGCGUGGGGAGUGGCAGUGAGAAGAAAGGAGAGUUCAAUCAGCAGGGGCAGCAGGGGCAGCCAGGUGAGCCCUUGAAAACGCAUCUACCGGCGUCUAUGCAGCCCCACCCGCCGUCGUUACAGCCCCCGCCUCAGUCGCGCCCGCAGAGCCUGUUCCGCAAGCCGCCUCCGCUGAUGGUACCUGCGGGGGGGGACACGAAGCUGGCGGGGAGCAGCAGCACGGGGGGGGGCGCGGGGGAUGCGCGGGGUAGCGGAGCGGCGCAGGCGGCGGCGGGGGGCGAGUCGCGGAUGAAAGGGGUGGCGUCGGUAUUUAAGAAAGGCAUGUGGAAGUUCGGGGGGUUGCGGAAAGAAAAGGAUAGCGCCGCCUCUAGCGGUGCCGCCACCUCCGCCACCAGCAACAGCAGCAGUAAGGGGGGAGCGGAAGCGCAGGCGGCAAGCCCGAGGCACUUUUACUCGGGUCCCUUCCCCUUCCCCGCGGACAGGCGCAAGACGACAGAGGCGCGGCGGUCGCAGCUGCGGCAGGGGCUGACGCCGCUGCAGGGCGUCGGCUCUCCGCCGUCGUCGUCGCUCGCGGUGUCCGUUACGUCGGAUACGCACAGCACGGACAGCGACGGGGUUACCAGCGGGUUCAAUUCGCACGCUGCGGCGUCGCACGAGGUGCUGUCGCCGCUGCCUCCGCAUGUAAAGUCGCCGUUGGUCGGAGACAAGCCGAAAAAGAAGGGGCUUCUAGACUGGGACUUGCUAUCUCCUAACGCGGGGGGCCUGCUCGGGAGUAAGCGCAGCGCGAAGCCGUCGGCGCAGCAGCAGCAGGAAGCGGCGGCGACUGCGGCGGCGGCGCUAUUGAGCGGCAGUCGCAGCGGACGGCACGCAGACUCGCUGGCGGCGCAAGGGCGGGGUGUUAGCAGCGGUGCUAUUAGCGGGCCGAUACUACCGGGGAUGAUGCCGGGGCGGCUGGGCAGUAAGGGCGCCAGUAACCCUCCUGCUGAUGACAAGUCUCUCGAUAUAAGCUUCCUGCGAUUGCGGCAAGUCGAGUCGCGCCUCUCCGCGCACUUCCCUACCACUCCGCCGUCCGCGUCGGCGGCGGAAAAGCACCCCCUACCCUCCCCCACUCCCCCGCACGCGGGGCGCGGAGACACCCCGCAGCGUCCGCAGACGCCGGAAGAUCCGGGCGGACCGGAUUCGGCGCGCAAUCGAAUCCGAGUGAAGGGGUCCAGCAUGAAAGCGGAGAACGAGUCGCCCUCGUUUCAGUCACGCGCAGCGGGCGCCGCCUCUGGUGAUUUCCCCGACGCGCCCGGGGGCAGCAUGCGCGGGGGCGGAAGCGGAGGCGCGGGGGAUUCCGCGGGGAAGUCAGGUCGUGGAGGCGCGGGCGGUUUUGCGGGGGGAGCGGGAGAGACUAUGAUAGAGGUGGAGGUGGAGGAGAUAGGCGAGGGCGGGGAGAUUAAGACUAAGACCAUCCCGGCGCGGCUUCUAGAAGCCACGGUGGUGCAUCAGGGCCCUUCGGGGAGGACAGUAUCGGGUCGCAUUAUGUUGGAGACGGGCGAGGUGAUGGUGGUUCAGCGGCGCUUGGGCCGCACGCGGUCGCGCGCACUGGAGGAAGCGGUGAAGAUGGCGAUGGGCGGGGACGCUGAAGCGGAGAGCGCCACUCCGGGCGCUCUUGCUUCCGCCGAUCCCCCGCUCUCCCCGCUGGACGCGGCGCAGCCGCGCGCAGACGACGCGGCGCUCACGCCAGGGUCGCGCGGAGGGGCUCCCGCCAAUGUCACUCCGCGUAGCAGAGCCAGAGGCGCGCGCGCUGGGGGAAAAGAGGCGGGGGAGGGCGGGGCGGGCGCGCUGGAGUCCCCUGUGGGCGCUGCAGCGAGCCCCGCGGGGGGAGAGAAGCAGCGGCGCCCGCGGGAGCGCAGGCGGACGCGGUCGCGGUCAGGCAUGGAGGAGAUUCUGCAGGCGGUCGAGGGCGCAGCGGAGGGCGCGGGGGGCGCGGGGGGCGCGCGCACCCCUGUGAGUCCCUAUCGGGGGAAGUCGUUUGGGCGGGGCGAGGACGCGGAGAGGAGGGAGAGGCGGCGGGAGAGGGGCAAGGAGGGGGCAUCCCCGCGGGAGAAGGGCGGAGCAGGGGCUGCGGGGGGUGAUGGCGCAGCAGCGCAGAUCAGACACGCAACGCCACCCCCCUCGCGGCCGCCAGGGGAGAGGAGCUACAGUAGAAGCCGGUCGAGGCGAGUGGCGGAGGAAGGGGGAAGAGGGGCGGGGGAGGAAGGGGGCGGGGCGGGGAGAGGCAAACCAGCCAGGUCGCCGAUUGGGGGGAGGGGGAACAGGCGGAGGCGGAGCGUUUCAAGGGUGGGGGAGGAGUUUGGCGCAAUUACUCCGCCUACAGGCACGCCCACUGCGCUCACCCCCACUGGUGUUUCCCCCAUGGCCGUUUCCCCCGGAUUUGUUCCCCCAGCCUUGUCCACUGGGGGGGGCGCGGGGAGCAAAGGGGGAGACGGGGCGGAAGGCGCGGUUACGGAUAUGUUUGAAGGGUUUCAGGUGGGUGCUGUGGUUGACAGAGUGGCGGAGCGGUUGCAGAAGCAGGGGGAGAAGCGGAGGGAGAGGGCAGGGGGAAGGGGCGGGAAGGAGGAUCGGGGGACGCGGAAAGUGCGGAAGGAUGAAUGGGAGAGGAUUAAAGAGCGGGAGAGGGGCGCGGAGAAGGGCGGACGGGCGGUUGAAAACGGGGAGAGGGCGGAGAGGGGGAGGAAGAGGGAUGAGGAUGUGAGGGCGAAGGGAGUGGAGGCGGGAGGAGAGAAGGAAGGGGAGAAGGCAAAUGAAGGGGAAAGAGAGGAGAGGAGGGAGAAGGAUGAUGGCAAGCAACAGGAAGCAGAGGGAGCUGAGACCGUGGGGGCCAUUGGGGGUAGUACGGAGGGAGGUAUGGAGGGAGGUACGGAGGGGGUUGAUUCAUUGGGAGCUCAUUUGACGGAACAAGAGAAGGAGGGAGAUGGAAAGGAUGGUAGUGCAGUGGUGAGGGAAGGCACAGAGGCAGCAGCGGCGGCGGAGAGCAGAGAGGAAAUGGAGGCGGGGGAGAAGGCGCUCCAGCAGCAGGAGGUGGCAGUCGCAGCUGCCGAGGGCGCCACAGCAGCAGCCGCCCCUGCUACAGCCCUCCCUGCAGGCCCACUGCCAACGGUGCCUGUGGCGGGAGCGGGGGGAGCGGGGGGAGCGGGCAUGGACGAGGAGGAGCGCAAGGUGCUGCAACUCAAGGGGCUGGCGCGCCCCUCCGCGCUUGCUGUCGCCAUGUUCUCCCCCACCUCCGCGCGCCUCAUCUCCCCCUCCGCCACCACCUCUCAAACCACCUCCCCCCAUGCCGCCUCCCCCGGGUCCGCCCGCCUCGUCUCCCCCACCUCCGCCAGCAUCCUCUCCCCCACAGGUGCCGCCUCAGGUGCCGCCUCAGGUGCUCCUUCAGGUGCUCCGUCAGGUGCCGUUUCCCCUGCUGUUGUGUCGCCUGCCAGCCAGCCGUCGCCAGGGUCGGUGCGAGCGGGUCUCUUCUCAUCGGCAGCGGGUGCUGCAGCAGCCGUGGGAGGGGGCGUGCUGAGAGCACUCACUCACAGCAAGUGGCGUGGUGGCGCCGCUGCUGCCAGUCCCGUCAGCAGCAGCAGCAGCAGCAGCAACGCGCCUGCAGCAGCAGCAGCAGUGGUGUCUCCUACCGGUGACACUGACGCGGCUCUGAUGCAACAGGCGGCGGAAGCAGCUGCUGCGUUUGCGGCUGCGGGGAGCAGCGGGCAGGGGAGCGGAGGCGGAGAGGGGGGCGCGGGCGCGGGGGCGGAAGAGAUGCAGGCGCGGACGGCCGUGGGGAAGGCGAUAGUGCAGAGCCGGCUGGCGCAGGCGCGGCGCUGUGUGACAGUGGGGGAGCUGGACGUUAGCAACAAGCUUGCUGCGCGGAAGAAGGGGCAGUGGGGGCGGACGGGGCCGGGGAGCGGCAAGGAGAGAGAAGGAGACGUGCUGAGCCCGUGGGACCGGCUCAAGGAGACGCGGAAACUGAUGCCUCUGGCGAGUUUCAGAGGGCGGGAUGGGGAGGGCGAGGAGGAGGGCGGGCAUGUGGGACUCAUGGCAAAGCUCAUGGGGCGCAGGGAGAGGGGCGCGCAUCAUGGGGGAGGUGCCGAGGGGGGAGGCGGGGGGAAGGAAGGAGGGGAGGGGAAGGGCGGGGCCGGGGGCGGGGGCGGGGAUGGUGGCGGAGAGGGGGGCGAGGGCAGGGGCGUGAGGCGGAUGGGGUCUUUGGAGACAGGGAUGAGGCUGGUGAUGGAAGGUGGGGGGGAUGGAGGGGAGGCGAGGGCUAUGGAGGGUGUGAGAGGAGGUGGUGGUGAGGUAAGUGUGGGGGAUGUGGAGAUGGGGAAGAGGGAGGAGGAGGAGGGAGAGAGAAGGGAGAGAGUUGGUGGGGAAGGAAGGGAAGAAGGAGACAGGAUGGAAAGCGAGAGGCUGAAAGGGAGACAGGAGGAGGAGAGGAGGGAGGGGGAGAGGAGGGAGGAGGAGAGGAGGGAGGAGGAGAGGAGGAAGGAGGAGAGGAGGGAGGAGGAGAGGAGGGAGGAGGAGAGAAGGGAGGAGGAGAGAAGGGAGCGACUUAAGGUGGAGGAGGAAAGGAAAGAGGAGGAGACGAAUAAUGAAGGAGCGAGAAGAGGAGGAGAGAAGGGAAAAGGAGAGGGAGGAGGAGAGAAGGGAGAAGGAGAGGGAGGAGGAGGAGAGAAGGGAAAAGGAGAGGGAGGAGGAGGAGAGACGGGAAAAGGAGAGGGAGGAGGAGGAGAGAGAGAGAAAGAGAGGAAGGAGGAGGAGAGAAGAGAAAGGGAGAGAGAGGAGGAGGAGAUAAGACAGAAGGAGAAAGCAGAAAACGAGAGGAAGGAAAGGGAGAGAGAGGAGCAAGAGAGGAGGGAAAAGGAAGAAGAGGAGGAGAGGAUGAGAUUGGAGACAGAGGAAGGGGAGAGAUGGGAACGAGAGCAAGAGGAAGAGGAGAGGCGAGAGAUGGAGAGGCAGGAGGGAGGCAGAAGAGGGGGUGACAAGGGGCAAGAGCAGGAGGCGAGGGGAGGGGGGUUGCGGGAGAAAGACAGGGGGGGCAAGAGCGAGCAGGAGCAGCUGCUGCUGCAGUUUUUGGAUGAAGAGUGCCGGAGAGAAGAAGGGUGGCGCGGUGGUGACCAGGGGCGAGGGAGAGCGCAACGGGGGGGUGAUGCUGGGAGUGGUGAGGGGAGGGUGGAGGGCAGCGGAAGGAGAGGGAAGGCGGCAGAAGAGGAUGAGGAGACGGAGGAUGAGGAAGAAAGAGAGACUGGCGAAGCAGGAAAGGAUGCAGCAGGUGUGGUGGUGGAGGAGGGAGAGGAGGGUGUGUUUGGGGAAGUGAGCGAUGGGGAGAUGGAGGUUGAGAGUGGUAGAGGGGAGGGUGGGGUGGUGGGGAUGGGGAGAGGCAAGGGGGUUACUGCAAGGGGGGGUGAGUGGGAAGGAGCGGAAUGGGAGGAGGAGGAGGAGGAGAAAAGAGCUGGUGAGACUGAGGGUGGUUAUAGAGAGAGGGAAGGAGAGGAGAGAGAGGAGGGAGUGGAGGGAGAAUGGGAAGAGGGAGAGGGAAUGGUGGUGGAGGAGAAGGGAGAUGAGGAGGGUGGGGGAGAGAAACGGGAAAAGGGCGGGCAGGGAGAAAGGGAGAUCGAAAGGGAUGAUGGAGGAGAGGGGGAUGGCGUGGAGGAGGAAGGAGUGGAGAAAGCAGGGGAGGAGGGGGAUGCGGAGGAAGCUGGGGAGGCGGCAGGGGAAGGGGCAGAGGAGGGGGCACGAGGGGAAGGGGCAGAGGAGGGGGCACGGGAGGGAGCAGGGGAAGGGGCAGGAGAGGCGGCAGGAGAGGCGGCAGGAAUGGAGAUGGAACCAGAGGUGCUGUUGAUGCGGCAGGAGGGCAUUCGCGGACCCGUGAGAAGGAGCACAGGCAGGCUCGCGAGUGAUGGGGAGGUGGACGGGGUGGAGGAUGAUGAAGAGGGGGAUUUUCUAGAUGAUGAGUAUGAUGAUGAGGGGGAGUAUGAGGGGGAGGAGGAGGUUUACAGUGAUGAGUAUACGGAUGAGGAAGGGGAGUAUGAGGAGGAAUAUGAUGAGGAGUAUGAGGGGGAGUAUGAUGAAGAGUAUGACGAGGAAUACGACGAGGAGGGAGAGUAUGAGUAUGAUGACGAGGGGGAGUAUGAGGAGGGGGAAUACGAGGAGGGAGAGUAUGAAGAUGAGGAGGACUAUGAUGAGGAAGAGGUGGGGGAGGGGGAGGAGUUAGAGGGGGGUGUGGGUGUAGGCCGGGGCAGGGGUGCAGCAGCAGCGGGAGCAGCAGCAGCAGGUGGGGUGGUGGGUAGAAGGCGGGUGGGUGGGCCGGUGGGAGGAGCGGGUGGGAGAGGCAGGGGAGUGGGCAGGGGCAGGCCGCCCAGACCCCCGGGAGGGGUGCAGAGACCUGUGGGGGCGCGCGGGGGGCAGGUGGGGGAGCAUGGGGAGGAGGAGGAAGGGGAGUUUGAGGAUGAGUAUGAGGAUGAGGAGGGGUUGCAUGAGAUGGAAGAGGAAGGGGAGUGGACAGAGGACGAUGCUGAUUUGGAUGAUGAGGAGUUGGGUGCGGAGGAGGAGGAAGAGGACUUUUUGGAAGAGGAGGGGGACGAGGUGGGACCGAUGGUGCCAAGGAGGAGAAUGACAGGGCGGAGAGGCAGGUACAGGGAUCAUGUGGAUGACGAGGAGGAGUACGAUGAUGAGUAUGAUGACGGGGACUUGGAUUUCAUCGAUGAUUAUGAUGAGGAGGACGAUGGGUUGGGGGAGGGAGGCGGAGAGGAGGAAGAGGAGGAGCGGCCGCCAGAGCUGAUGUACGUUCGCUCGCUGUCCACGCUUCGCCGGCCGGAAAUCGCGCAGAUGCAGGGCGGCGGCGUGACGCCCGCUGCCCGGCAGGUGUACUACGAGUUUGGGCCGAUCGGGGCGGCGAGGGUGCGCGCGCAGCAGUGCCGCGACCACUGGUCGUGGCUCUUCAUGCAGUAUCUAGAAACCAUGCUGCCUCGCCUGGCAGUGCAAGACGACGACGAUAUCAUGAGUCUCACCAGCACGGGGGAUCAUCUAGACGAUGACGAUAAUCUCGCCUUCCCCAGCGCGGCUAGUAGCACUGCGUUUGGGAGCAGCAGAGGUGCGACGACGGCGGUGGCCGGAGGAGCAGGCGGGGGUGCGUGGCCGGAGGGAGGCCCGGGAGUGAGAGUGCUGCGGCCGGUGGGGCGGACCAACCGGAACUGGUCGGUGGCGGGCGCGCUGAGGGAGUUUGAAUGGGUGAAGCGCAAGUUCCGGGGGGUGGCGGAGAGUAGCGAGCGGUUGAACGAGGUGCACGUGGGUGAGGCGUUUGUGGCGGGGCUGUCGGUGUGGCUCAAGUACUGGGAGCAGUGGGGGGAGAACCGACCCAAGUGGCAGGGCGAGGAGGACGACGACAAUGAAGACGACCCAGCAGUACCCGGUGGGGGGGGAGGAGGUGGGGGUGCUGGUGCUGGUGGUGCCGGUGGUGGUGCUGGUGGUGCCGGUGGCAGUCUAGGGGGCAUGUCUCCUGUGAGGUUCAAUGACUCUGCUACUAGUUCCCCCUGGAGGGACCUGCCUAACAGCUCCAACAGCUCGCCCUGGCGCGGGGACAGGGACGACGGGGGGGACGGCAGGGGCAGAUACGCGCACAGUGACCUGGGGGGCGGAGGGGGAGGUUAUGCGGGGAGCGCGGGAGGCGGGGGGUACGGCAGUGGGAGGCGACCAAGUAGCGUGGCAGCGGGGUUGUCGGGAGCAGGAGGGGACGUGCAUACGUACGGGCCCAAGCGCUGGGGCCCGGAGGGUAGCCUGCAGUCUCGCCUUGUUGCGGAGGCGCUGGGAACAGGACAAGCGCUGCCCACCACGUGCCAGCACGAUGAUAUUCUCCGGGUGGCGGGGCUGGCAGCAGCAAUCAGCAGCUGGCAGCCGUCCACUGCGUGCAUGUGCCUGCUGCGCCUACUGGACCGCAUGGCCCAGUUUGAACUGCUCUCCCUCGGGAUUACCAUCUCGCCGCACCGCGACGCCGCUGCUGUUGCCGCCGCCACGGCAGCGGCUUCGGGGAGUCACGGGUCGGUGAGAGGAGGAGGGGGAGCGCUGGGGCCGUCAGCACGGCACCACCUGGCGGGGAUUGGCAAUGAGGGGAGCAUGCCGUCGUCGCCUGCUGGGUCGCGGCGGCGCUCGGAGAGUUUUACGAUGGGCGGUGGGGGACUGGCGGAGCAGACCGGGCCUAUUCCGACAUCGUUCAGCGGGCUGGGGUCUGCUUUUGGCGCGGCGGUGGCAGCGGCGCCGGCGCAGCAGCAGGCGGCAGCAGCACAGGAGGCUUCGGCAGCGGCAGCAGCGGCACCACCGCCGCCGCCACAGAAGAAGUCAGGAGGCGGGUUGCUUGCUUUCACAGCGAAUUUCACCCGCCCGACCACUCCCUUCUUUGGCAUCGGGUCCUCCUCUGCUGCCUCCCACCCCGCCCCCCCGCCCCCUGAACCCACUCCGCCGUCCGCCCCGCCGUCCAAUGUGAGCUCGCCACCUGUCUCGGACCUGUCAGGAGGCCCGACGGUCGCCGUGGGGCCUAUGGGAAUGGCAGGGAUGGGGUUGGUGCGGGCGCCUGCAAACCUCCCUGCGUGCCGAGCGUUCGUGAUGGCAUGCCUCAAGGCCAUUCUCUCGUCCCAGUACGAGAAAUCAGGAGGUGCAGCGGCGGCCAGCAGGAGAGCCAUGUCGGCAGCAGCAGCGGCAGCAGCGUCCGCGGGGGGGGGAGGAGCGUUGUCGGGCGCGGACGGAGCGCUGCUGUCCGUGCGGUCAGCAGGGCGCAAGCCCUGGUGCCCCAUCCGCCUCUCCAGCCUGGCGGAGGUGGCGCUAGCGGAGGGCAUCGCGCGCGCGAAGCACAGCGACCUAGUAGAGCGGUGCGAGGAGAUCGACCGGCUGUAUGACUCCCUGGGGCUGGGACCGGGCCUGCUAGCCAUGAACCUAGCGGCUGAGAUGCGGGAGCUGCAUUUCCUGCACCCGGGGGAUCUGAUCUCGCUGGCUCUGCACUACGAGCAUAUCGGGCUGGAGGAGGCUGCUUUCCACGUGUGCCUACGGGCCGUGGCGUCUGGGAGGCUCACCACGGACGGGUUUGACCAUGUGAUCCGCAUGGUGUUUCUGGGCAGCGGGGCCGAGUCGAUCAACGCGCGCUUCGCACGGCUGGCAACGGCGGUCAAGAAUGCGCACAUCGCCAACGUGGAGGCCACGGGCGCGGCGGCGGGCGCGCGCGCUUCCUCCUACAUCGCAGAGUUCGCGGACGCGAUGCUGAGAAACGGCGAGCUGAAGCAGCACCACCCGUGGGCGUACGAGGUCACGCUCAAUUUCCUCCGCAUGAACACGCGUGGCGGCGGCCUGGGCGCCGGUGCAGGCCUCGGGGGGCUAGCGGCCGGUGCGGGAGACUGGCGGGAGCGGGAGCUCUGCGCACUAGUGACACUCAACCGCUGGCUGGGGCUGACAGCGGCAGGGGGGGUAGCGGGAGGGCUGGCGGGGGGAGAGAAGUCGCUGGAAGCGGCGCAGGACAGAGCGGUAGAGAUAGUGGAGCAGAUGGCUCAGCCCGAGGUGACGGUGGGGUGGGCGGUGUGGUUGAGGAUCGGCAAGACGGUGGAGACGGAGCAUAACCUGCCCGUGCUGCUGGAGUCCAUGCAAGUCAAGUCCAUCAUGCACGUCUAUGAGAGCAUAGAGGAGGACGGCACGUGCCAGGACGCGCAGCAGCUGGAAGUAUUCGACUGGGGGUUGCGCGGCAUCCUGGUGGGGCUACCAGACAAGGACCCCGCAGCCGCGCUGCUGGAAGUGAUCUACCCGCUGGAGGAGGAGAAGGCGGAUCUGACUCUCGCCAUGGCUGCGCGCCUGGCUGCCACGUCGUCGCCGGUGGAUAGCCGCAUGUGGCCGCUGGCCAAUACCACGUCGUUUGUUGCCCAGCUACUCGUGCUCACUGAUGGAUGGGUGUUGGACCAGAGGCAGAUGUCGCGGGCGGUGAACGUGGCGACCAGGCUGUGGGGGUGGGCCAUGCCCAAGCGCUCCCAGCUCAUGGAGCAAUGCGAGACUGCGGACGAGGCAAGGGAGGUGAUGGAGCGCAGUGCAGCUUCCAUCUGGCGCUCCGUUGCUGCCUCAGGAGCACAGCCGGGAGCGUCCUAG